UGCGCAUGAGGUUUCUGACCACUCUCAGGACCCGUGGGGUUUAGGGUUCUUGCUCAGACCUCUGAGUUCCCCUGAGAUUGUCACCUACCCUCAAUGUGGCUUGCCCUGGAAAGGAGGGCAAAGCCAGGGUCCUGCAAAAAGGCGGCAGUGAACAGAGAGAGGCAGGUGGGAAGCCCGUUACUUGACCACAGCUUCCUCCUGGCCAUCCCAGCUCCUCCGCCCAGGGCAGCCCUGAUGGGGAAGGGGUAGCUGGGCACGGAGGAGAGGAGCAGCCGCUACGGAGACCCAGGAGCCAUGCACCAAGCAGGGCUAUUGCCUCCACGUCCGGAUUCGCAACUGCCCCUGGAGGUUCCGGCUUCCCUCUGCCUGCAAUCAGCCCUUCCCAGCUCUCCCACUUCCCAGUCUGGCCUUGGCCUUUCUCAUUUUGUCUAUCUCAGAAGCGCUGGAAGAACUGAGCAGAGUCAGACCAGCUCCCGGUUUCCUCUUCCCUGGGGCCCCCAUGUCUUCUCCUGCCAGCCCACAGGGAAAGGGCGGGAGGCUCUGGAAAGCCUUGCUCCUGCCACUGUGGCUGCCACUGCUGAUCGCAGGCUCAUGGGCACUACCAGAGGCUCAGCAUCUUCACCGAGUGGCAGGGCAGACGCUUUCUGUGACAUGCCAGUACCCCCCCAAAGGCUGGCCCUACGAGAGGAAGGGCUGGUGUAAGGAGCUGUCAGCGUUCAAGUGCACCAGGCUCGUCACCAGCUCUGGUCCCGGCAGGCUGGUUCAGUCCUCUCGAUUCUCAAUCUGGGACAACCCUAGCACCGGCCUCUUCAUCGUCACCAUGACUGGUCUGAAGGAGGAAGACUCAGGACACUACUGGUGUAGAAUCUACCACGCUUCCAGCAACUCUGUCUCUAAGUCCAUAAGAUUCUAUCUGGCAGUGUCACCAGCUCCUGCCUCCACACAGGCCAUCCGGGCUUCUGCUGAGCUGGUCUCAUCACUGACCCAGAGCUCUGUGCCCCCAGCUGGAAGAGCCAAGCAGGCCCCCAGGGCCGCCUCUGCCAUCACCACCCUUUCACCGCAACAAAACUCCACCCUCCGCUCUCACCCUGCAGCCCCCAGCGCUCUGGUCCCCGUGCUCUGUGUGCUGCUUGUGGCCAAGGGUCUGGCGCUAACAGUCCUGACUGUCCGAGCCUUAAGGAGUCCACACGUGCAACAUAGAGGGAAGUCUCUGAUGCAUCCAGCUCCGCCCAGACCCCAGGCCUCGGGAUCCAAGGAUGGCCAGUCUUCCCCAGGCCCCCAGGGAGCUCCUCCCUGGACUCUGAACCUUUUGUUCACUGCAAAGAAAAGGCAGAAGUCCCCCAGAACUUGCUCCAAGACCCUUGGCUACACCCCUCGCUCCAGUGCUGAGGAUUUCCCAGCCUUGCCUCGUCCCAAGAUCCAGGGCCACCUGCUGCUCACACACAACUGGCUUCUGGGCCAGCACCAUCCGGGCAUGGGAGCUGAAGGCCAGUGCUGUCCCCCAAACCCGAGCCGGCACUGUGGGCGACUCUGACU